UUCAGGAACUCAAACUCUGGUAUUAGAUAUAUUGAAAGUGAAUAUUUCGUUGAAGUUAUACGCAGUGAAGUGCUCAGAAACACGUAUUCACCGUAUUCACACCGAAUCAAAUUAUUAUUACUUCCGCUGAGGAAGUAGUGCCUCAAAUUAUGCGCGAAAGUUUUUAAAGAUUGCAAACAAAUGUAAAACCCUAAACGAAAAUUAAAUUAAAAGGAAGAUCCUUGCAUAAAUUAUAAGGAUAACAGCGCUUAAAAGAAUCUACUAAAGUGGCAACACAGAGCGCUUGUUAAAUACUGUUGCGGUUAGAUAUUUUUUUUUUUUUUGUAUUUUGAGCGCGUUUUGUUAUUUAUUUUCAAUUUUUUAUUUCCGUUUAUUCCGCAGUGUAAAGAUUAAAGGAACUUAUGACAUUCAUUGCUGUCACAACGUGCCACCGUCUUUAAUGGCCGCCUAGGGAGCUUGAACAGUGAAGCAGCUUGAAAAUUGCGAAAAAAAUACGAAACAUAAAUAAAAAUAAAUAAAAAGUGAAAGAAAACAACAUAAAAAAUACAAAAGCGAAAUAACAAUAAAAAGUAGACACAAGAUUGUUUAUAGUACUUUAUAGUGAAAAGCUGGACUAGCUCACAGCCCACAGUGGUUCUGGACAUUAUGUGAAACAUAUGUGCGAAAAUCUCUACUUUCAACAAAAGUUCGUUCGCUCAUUUGGUAUGCGUAUGUGUCCACAUGCAAAAUUAAUUAAUUUAAAGUAAUAAAACUCUUGCACGCACAUCCUGAAAGGACGUCUUAACUUUAUUGCCGCGUAUUGCGUCCAUCGUUAACUUGGCCAUAACACGAUUGGCCGCUUGAAUGGCUGUCUGCCAUUAAUUCCUUUUAAUUUCAUUCUCUGUGUCAUUGUGUCGGGAAAUGGACAAUGUGUGACAACAACUGCACAUGGGUGUUUAAUCUCCUUGUAGUUACCUUAUUAAUCCAACAUGUCGUCCACGUUGCCCGCGCUGGCAACGAACAUAUUUCGGUGUCAUUAGUAAAGCGUGACAUUGUUGACGGCAUCGAAGAUGACAAUUUCGCUUCUGGCAAACAAAUUAAAACCAAUUUCGACAAUGAGGAUUUCGACAGCGAUAUCGAAUUCUCGGCUUAUGCUAAUGAUUUCAAUAUGCAAGAUGAAGCUUCGAUACCUGAGGACAUUUUAGAUCAGCAGCAUAUAAAGGACGAUGACGGUGCUAUUGAUGCAGAUAUGCAGUACUCUGAUUCGGAUGCAGUUGAUAUGAUUCUGAAUUCUCAAAGGAGUUACUCAACGAAAUUGCACUCCUACGAUGAUAGCACAACUCAGAACAAAAAGCAUGAUAAUUAUUACAGAAACCACUAUAAAAAAGAUUUCGACAAAAAGGAUAUUGACGACGACGUUGCUACCAUCAGCACGGAAUCCAAGUACGAUGGAAGCGUUGAGACAAAAAAAAUUAGGGGCUUGCAUGACUUAAAAAAUUCAUGGCUCCGAAAACAACAACAGGACCAGCAGUCUGAACAGAUGGACCAGAAGUUAAAAGAACAACAACAACAACAGCAACAGCAACAAAGACAACAAAAGCAGCAGCAGAUUGAAGCUAUUGAAAAAUUAAACGGACGGAAAUUUAAUAAAGCUUCACUGGAACAAAAUAAAAAAAAUUACUACAGUGACAGUAAUAACAACAACAGCAACAACAAUAACAACAAGAAGAAGAAUAACAAUGACAAUAACAAUAACAACAAAAACAACAACAACAAUUACUACAAUGACAAUGACAACAAGCACAAGAUUAAAGUCAAUAUUGAAGAUGACAUAAAAAUGGAUAAAAGUGCAAUUGGUGAUAUUGAAGAAAAUGUUCGUAAUGAAGAUGAAGCACUUUCCAAUGAAGAGCAACAUGAAAAUACCGAAACAGAAGUUGACAAAGACGAAUAUAUUGCAGAAGACACUACAGUUAAAGUGGCAACAACACAAGUAACAACAACAACAACAACAACUAGAAUGCCUGCAACUAAAGCAACUGCAACAUCAAAUGUUGGAAAUACCAAAAAGUUGACAAAUUUUAUAACGAGAAAGAAUAAAAGGCAUGGCAGUCCAAGAACUUUCAAUAGUGGCGACAGGACACCAAGGAACUACGAAGACAUGCACUACGGCCAUCAACGGUACACAAGCAAGGAAGAUAGCACUAACGAAAAUAAUGACGAAAUAUUAAGAGAAAAGUACAGGGCUCAAGUGCAUGCAACGUCAGAGGAACCGAAAGUUCAAACCGAUUACUCAAUAAGCUAUUUUGGAAUUUUAACGAAUGACACAAACGUUUUCGAUUUUAGCAAAGAUGGCAGAAGAUUUAAUAAACAACCCGAAACUAGGAAUGACGAAGGACACAAACAGUUUGAUGAACUCGAACCAGGAAGGAGCAUUUUAGGGGAAUCAGCAACAGUUCCACCAGCAACAUCAGCCAUGAGAACACAGUCCGCGUUUGAACAACACAAAGCACAACGGCGCAAUAAUAGACGCAAUGGACAUAAAAGUCAUAAGAAGAAAUACAAGGAUUAUCUGAGAUACGCUGUGACAAUGUCUCCGACAGCAACAGUAUCAGAAAUCAGAACAACGGCAUCAGCAAUACAUACGAAUAACAAUAUUGCAGAUGCUAUUGACGAUAAAACUGCAACGGCAGCAGAUACAAUGCCAACGGUAAACGCAGUAAUAGUGAAAUUUAUAAACAACACUAAACACAAUAACCAGCAGCAAUCAGCAGCACAACUAAACGAAAAGCAUAAAAAUUAUUCAAAGAAAAUUGAAGCGGAAAAAUUACGUGGAUUACCAGCAUCACCAGUGUUUGUAGUAAAUUCCAAUCGAAAUAAAGUUACUGGAAAUGAACGUGCCAGCAAGCCAUUUUAUGAGGGCCAAAUAAACUAUUAUGUCGAAACGAAAGAUGACGACGAUGAAGCUGCGGCUCAAACUGAAGUUGACAAUAAAUACAAGAUAAAUGGAAAACACGCAGACAAUGAGGAGCAAAGACAACUUAAAAACAUGGACAACAACAGUGACAAUUGGUAUAGACGCACCAAUCCCGUACUCCGCAAUGGUAUCAAAACAACGUAUGCCGAACAAAAACAAUCAACAGAUUUCGAACAACAAGAACAACACAAAAAUCACCACCGACUGCAUCAUCAUCAUCAACAUCAUCGCAAUCAUCACAAGCAUCAUCAACACAGCAAAGCACAUCAAUCAGCACAAGCAAAUCCCUAUCAACGUAAACUGCUGCCAACAGCAAAAAAGUCCAGUUACAAUCAUCAAAGCUCAUCCUCCACGAAAGUAACACAAACUCCAAUACCACCGCCCGCUUACAAGCAGCACACCGGUGCCAUGCAAGAAUUGGGUCAUCAAAUCACUGAAAUGGAAGAGUUUGAACGUUACUAUGCUAAGUGGCCGCACUUGGCACGCGUACAAUUUCAAGUUUAUGAUGAACACUACCGUGAAAUGCAUCCCGACUUAUAUCCCGAAUAUGAUUAUGAGAGUGCAGCAGAGUUAGAGGAAGCACAAAACAGUAAAAGCGAGGAUGCUGACUUGCCGCCAUACAUUAAGAAAUACAAUCGACGUAAUAAACAGUUGCUUAACCUACUCGAGGGCACAUUGCCACCAACUACACGACUCUCACCUAUGUUCACUUGGUCCAACUCAAAGCUGCAGCCAGGGCCACAUGACAGCAGCAGUACUGGUGCUGUUGUAGUUCGCAUUGAUGAUGAUUACAUGAAAGAGAAACGUAGAAGAUAUCAUAAUCAUAUGCAUAACAACAACAAGCAACAAAAGGAUUUAUUUUCACAGCAACGCAAUGAAGCGCCACAAAUAUUAAGCACCACUGAAUCAAAUGCCAUAGUACUUGGUCAGCAAAAUAAAAUUCCGGUAGAAAAUCAUUUACCCGAGGAGGAUAUUACCAUUUUACAGGAGCACAACGAUGACAUUUGGCAAAAGGAAAUCGAAACUAAAUCAAAUGGUAACGAAAUGACAGGAAGCGAGCAAAUGACUUGGCAAAUUGAAAAAUUAACAACUACAUUGCCACCUACAACAACAACACUGAAGGCAGCCAUUUUCAAAUUGCCAUCAUAUCCCGCAAUCCUUGGAAGCUUCAUAAGCAAGCCACGCAGUCGUAGCGCACAAUUUGCGCCAAGCACCGGUAGUAGAGGAAAUAGCAUCAUCAAUAGCAGUGGAUACAGCUUUGACAGUGGUAACUACAAAGCCAAGUCACGCUACACUCCGCUCGAGGAUAGUAAUGCAAAUGUGGUAACCAGCACAUCGGCACCUGCCGUUGCUGUUGCUGGUGCUGAAGCUGAGGCUGGUGCAAGCGAUGGUAUUGCCACAACUACCACAAAAGCUAUUAACUCGUUUGUUUAUCAUCGCGUGGUCGAUGCUUCGCCGCGCUUAGUUGGUGCAGGCUCAACUGGUCGCAAACAACGUUUACCAUUCGUUGCCAUCACUGAUCGACGUUUGGAAACGUCGAAAAAAUCGUUAUUGGAACGUCAAAAAGACUUUGAACAGAACUACUUUCCGAUGCCUUAAAUUCAAAUAACUUUACACGG